AUGGCCCGAAUCUACCAGAGACUAACACGUGCAAUGCUGAGUGCUCUCCUACUUCUCCAGCCUGUAACUGCAGUGCCAGGGACAGGAACACUAGCACCGCGAGUAUCUCAGUCCUCGGUGUCUAUAUCCUCGACCACCCCGUCGAUGUCAACCCUAGCACCAACAACCUGCAAUGGUCGCUCAGAGUACUGCACCCGGUCCUACUCAAAUAUCACAUUUUUGGGUUCCCACGACUCCGCAUUUGUCGGGCCUUUGCCCCAGCAAAACCAAAACAUCGAUAUAAAAGCCCAACUCGACAUGGGAAUCCGGUACCUACAAGUACAAACACACCAUUCCGUCCUUGAUAGGGAUGUGUUAGAACUGUGCCAUACAUCAUGCUUGCUUGAAGAUGCGGGUCCACUCAAAUCGUACUUGGAGACAAUCAAGAGCUGGCUGGAUGCAAACCCGAACGAAGUCGUCAGUCUCCUCUUGACAAACGGAGACUCAGUAGCCAUCACCGAAUUUGGAGACACUUUUGCAAGCAGCGGAAUUACCAACUAUGUCUAUGUUCCGUCCGCAAAUCCUCUAGCAAUUACAGAUUGGCCCACACUGGGUGAUAUGAUAUCCAGCGGAAAGAGACUGGUCGUAUUCCUAGACUACGGUGCCGACACUACAAAAGUGAACUACAUUCUAGACGAGUUCGCCUACUACUUUGAGACUGCCUACGGCGUCACAGACCCCUCUUUCUCAAACUGCAGUAUCGACCGGCCCCCUGGCGCCGCCGCUACAGGCCGUAUGAGCAUUGUCAACCACUUCCUUGAUAUAGAUGUUUUCGGCGUAAAGAUUCCAGCUCGCCAGAGGGCAGAUACUACUAAUGCUGCGACGGGGCAGGGUAGUAUUGGUGCCCAGGCGGCGCUAUGUGCUGGGCUAUAUGGGCGUGCGCCGAAUCUGGUCCUGGCGGACUUCGUGGAUAAGGGGGAUGUUAUUACGGCGCAGAAUAAUCUGAACGGGUUCUAG